CUACGACCUGCCGCGCACCAUCGAAGACGGCCGCGCGCUGCUCGCCGAUCCGGCCUGGGGCGAGCUCCGUGCCGUGCGGGCCGGUGCGGUCUACGCCACCGACGGCAAUGCCUAUUUCAAUCGGCCGGGGCCGAGGCUCGUGGAGUCCCUGGAGAUCCUGGCCGAAAUCCUCCAUCCGGCGCACUUCGGCUUCGGCCACGAAGGCACCGGGUGGAACCGCCUGAAAGCGUGAGGUGCGAUGCAAGACCAGAAGAUUCCCACGACCGUGAUCACCGGCUUCCUCGGCGCCGGCAAGACCAGCCUCAUCCGCCACGCGCUGAGCGAAGCGAACGGGCGGCGCAUCGCGCUCAUCAUCAACGAGUUCGGCGACCUCGGCAUCGACCAGGAGGUGCUGCAGGGAUGCGGCGAUACGGCCUGCGACGAAACCGAUAUCGUCGAGCUCGCCAACGGCUGCAUCUGCUGCACCGUCGCCGACGACUUCGUGCCGGCGAUCGAGGCGUUGCUCGCCCGCGACCCCGCGCCCGAGCACAUCCUGAUCGAGACCUCGGGCCUUGCGCUCCCCAAACCCCUGGUCGCCGCCUUCAACUGGCCCGAGAUCCGCACCCGGCUCACCGUCGACGGCGUGGUCGCGGUGGUGGACGGCCCGGCGCUGGCGGAAGGCCGCUUCGCCGACGACGAAGACGCGCUCCAGGCCCAGCGCGAGGCGGACGAGGCGCUGGAUCACGAGUCGCCGCUGGCCGAGGUGUUCGAGGACCAGAUCGGCUGCGCCGACAUGGUGAUCCUCAACAAGUCAGACCUGCUGGCUGCCGGCGGCGCCGAGCAAGGCGAAGCGCUUAUGCAGCCGCACUUGAAGCCGGGUGCCCGCAUCGUCAAGGCGGCCCACGGGCGCGUGCCGCCGACCUCCUGCUGGGCCUCGAUGCCGCUGCCGAGGCCGAUCUCGCGAGCCGCCGCUCGCACCACGACGACCUCGACGAGCCGCACGACCACGAUGAGUUCGAGAGCUUCGUGAUGGCGCCCGGCACCAUCGACGACCCGGCGGCCUUCGCGGAGCGCUUGAGCGCCGCGGCGGCCGCGCACGGUGUGCUGCGCGCCAAGGGUUCCUCGAUGUGGCCGGCCGCAGGCGGCGAUUGGUGGUGCAGGCGGUCGGCACCCGCGUCGACCGCCACUUCGACCGCGACUGGCACGCGCACGAGGCGCGGGAGAGCCGCCUCGUCGUGA